GAGGCCUUCCCGCCGCCUCCCGGAGCGGGUCCCCGGCUGCGCCGCGGCGUUUGCUAGAGCGGAGCCGGUCCCGCAGGUCUCUGUGGGCUCCUCCUCCGUCGGCCUCCUGGUUCCGAACCCUUUUCUAGGCUGGGGGAAAGGGCACUUCUGGGCGCGGGGUCAGGUGCGGGCGCCGGAGAGUCAGGAACGUUGGGAGCGCGGACCAAGCCAGACGCAGGUCCUGCUCCCGCCGUUUCUCCGCCUGACCGCGUCCUGCGGGCGCCUCGGAACCUCCUCUGGGAACAUGGGGUGAAUGUAACCGUUAAGCUGUAGCAUAUGCUUUAGAGGUGAUGAGGAGGUUUUUGUUGCUCUAUGCAACACAGCAAGGACAGGCAAAGGCCAUAGCGGAAGAAAUAUGUGAAAAAGCAGUUACACAUGGCUUUUCUGCAGAUCUCCACUGUUUUAGUGAGUCGGAUAAGUAUGAUCUGAAAACUGAAACAGCGCCUCUCGUGGUGGUGGUGUCCACCACGGGCAACGGAGACCCACCCGACACAGCCCGCAAGUUUGUUAAAGCCAUACAGGACCGGUCGCUGCCCGCCGACUUCUUUGCUCACCUGCGGUACGGACUUCUAGGUCUGGGUGACUCAGAAUACACGUACUUCUGUAAUGGGGGGAAAAUAAUUGAUAAACGACUUCAAGAGCUUGGUGCCCAGCGUUUCUAUGACACUGGCCACGCGGAUGACUGUGUAGGUUUAGAACUUGUGGUUGAGCCAUGGAUUGACGGACUCUGGGCUGCCCUCACCAAGCAUUUCAUGUCAGUUGGAGGAAAAGAGGAGAUGAGUGGAACCCUCACAGCGGCGUCUGAUGCCUCCCCGAGGACGGACCCUGUGGCACCGGAAUUAUUACACAUUGAAUCGCAAGUUGAACUUCUGAGAUUAGAUAAUUCAAGAAAAAAAGAUUCUGAAGUUUUGGAACAAAGUGCAGUGAACAAAGAAUCGAGCGCUUUGGCUGCAGACUUUGAGUCCUCACUUACCCGUUCGGGUCCCCCACUUUCACAGGCCUCGCUGAAUAUUCCCGCUUUACCACCAGAGUAUUUACAGGUGUGUCUGCAGGAGCCGCUUGGCCAGGAGGAAAGCCAAACUUCUGUGACUUCAGUGGAUCCAGUUUUUCACGUUCCAAUUUCAAAGGCAGUUCAGCUGACUACAAAAGAUGCCAUAAAAACCACUCUUCUGGUAGAACUGGACAUUUCAAAAACAAAUUUUUCCUAUCAGCCUGGAGAUGCCUUCAACGUGAUCUGUCCCAACAGUGACUCCGAGGUACAGGACCUAGUCCAAAGGCUGCAGCUCGCAGACAGGCUAGAACACCGUGUCUUCUUGAAAAUUAAGGCAGACACAAAGAAGAAAGGAGCAGCCUUGCCCCAGCAUGUACCCGAGGGCUGUUCUCUCCGCUUCCUUUUCACCUGGUGCCUUGAAAUACGAGCAGUUCCUAAAAAGGCGUUUCUGCGAGCGCUCGUGGACCACACCGGCGACGGCGCGGAAAGGCGGCGGCUGCAGGAGCUGUGCAGCCGGCAGGGGGCGCCCGACUACAACCGGUUCGUCAGGGACGCCCGUGCCUGCGUGCUGGGCCUCCUGCGGGCCUUCCCGUCCUGCCGGCCCCCGCUCGGCCUCCUGCUCGAGCAUCUUCCUAAGCUGCAACCCAGACCGUACUCCUGUGCAAGCUCCAGUCUGUUUCACCCAGGGAAGCUUCAUUUCAUUUUUAACAUUGUGGAGUUUCCGUCUGACUCCGCAGCGGGGAUCCUGCGCAGGGGCGUGUGCACAGGCUGGCUGGCCACGCUGGUUGAAUCGAUGCUUCAGCCAAACACGCGUGCGCCCCCUGCAGACGGCGAGGAGGCCCUGGCUCCCCAGAUAUCCAUCUCUCCUCGAACGACAAAUUUUUUCCACUUACCGAAUGACCCCUCCGCCCCUGUCAUAAUGGUGGGACCAGGAGCGGGCGUGGCGCCCUUCAUUGGUUUCCUGCAGCACAGGGAGAAACUCCGAGAGCAGCGCCUGGGCGGGCGCUUCGGAGCGACGUGGUUGUUCUUUGGCUGCAGACACAAGGACAGGGACUAUUUAUUCAGAGAAGAGCUCAGACAUUUCCUUAAGUGUGGAAUUCUAACUCACUUGAAAGUUUCCUUCUCAAGAGAUGCUCGUGUGGGGGAGGAGGAAGCCCCAGUGAAGUACGUGCAAGACCAUAUCCAGCGUCACAGCAAGCAGGUGGCGAGGGUCCUUCUUCACGAGAAUGGCUAUAUUUACGUGUGUGGAGACGCUAAGAAUAUGGCGAAGGAUGUGAAUGAUGCCCUUGUGGAAGUAAUAAGCAAAGAGGUUGGAGUUGAGAAACUAGAAGCAAUGAGAACAUUGGCUACUUUAAAAGAAGAAAAACGGUAUCUUCAGGAUAUUUGGUGAUAAAGUUGGAAAAUAGAGGAAGAGAAUUAAGCUUUCUUGACUGAAUGUACUAAAAGACAACUUUACUGAAGAUUGAGACUUUCAAUUAAAAAAUUUUUAACAUUUCUUAGAGGAAGGGAGGGUGGUGGACCAUUUAACAAUAUCGGAAACUUUCGAUUCAGUUUUCCAUAUCUGCCCCCGUCCCCACCCCUCCCCUAACCUCCCUGAGCUGGAAGGCAGCUCUCACUCCACCAGCACCUCCCGGGGCCACCUCUGCGUCCUGGAGAACUUUGCAGGGACCCUGACCAGCUCACAGGGAAUCUGUAUCUGUGCAAUAUGGGUUGUGGGCACUAGAGUUAACUGGGUAGAUAGUUAAAUCCUGUGAACUUGUUACCACUUUUUAAAAUAAUCUAAAAAUAACUUAUAUUCCUAUGUAAAAUAUACCAUAAAGAGUAUUCAUAUUACUGUGUUAAGAUUACAUAUGUAUGGCAUAUCAGAUUAUAUAUAAUUUUAUUAAGUGAUUUAUUACCAAAACUAUAUUUCUGACAAAAAAUAUUUUAAGGUAGUACUGACAGAGAUUUAGUUUUUUAAUGAUGCUAGGAAUAUGAAACGUUUUGAAAUUCCACUCUGGCAUAUGAUUUAUUUACCAAAGUUACUUCUAUUUUAGUAUCACAGUUCCAGAAUUCAGGGAAAUUUGCAUUCAAUUUACAGAUGUGAACAAGUACAUUUUUUAGUAAAGCUACAGUCUUUUCCUUCUCCAUUCAGCCCUCCUCACUCCCUACCUUUUUAUUUUGGCUCCCUCUGGCGUAUUGUUUUAGUUCUUCCACGUGAUGUAUUUUACUUCCAUCAUCUCGUGCGAGCUUCAGCUUAGGCUUAAUAUACCUACUUAAUAGCCUUAUAUUUUCAAAAUUCCUCCUAUGGUCUGAAUAUUUACAUCCCCCAAAACUCAUGUUCAAAUCCUACCCUCCACUGUGAUGGUGGUGGGAGCUGGGGUCUUGGGGGUGAUCAGGUCGUGAAGGUGGAGCCCUCGGGUCGGGGAUCAGCGCCCUUGUUAAGAGGCUCCAGCUCCUCCUGCCUGGCGGGGGCAGUGAGGAGUCGGCACCCAGCAGCCGGGGGGGGGGGGCCUUCACCAGAACCCGACAAAUACGGGCACCUGGCCUUGAGCUCCAGUGCCAGAACUCUGAGCCGUUUCUGUUGUUUAAAGCCCCUCAGUGGUAUUCUGUUACCGCAGCGCACGUGGGCUAAGACGUUUCCAGUGACACAUCCUCUCAUAAAAUAUGUCAGAGCUGAAAACAAAAUGUAAAACGGAUGUGAAAACGUUUCUCCAAGUCUCCAGCAUAUAUUGUUUUUUAUAUUAAAGAGAUUGGCAUUUGAAAAACAAACCUCUACCUGUGAAAGUCUUCUGGUCAUUUUGAAAAAUAAAAUUCUGAAGGAAAUACUGU